CUCGACUAUCGAAUAAAAAGAAUGGCUUUUGCCACUGCACUAAAUUGUGGAAGAUCCAAAGAUAACGUGUCCCAUAACCUAGCGAACUGUAGGAGCAGUGAGUGUGAGUGGUUUACCGUGCACAGCAUGUGGAAGGCAAAGCCUAAAAUUUUCUUUUCGUUGUCGUUACCUUCCCGGUUGGUUGGUUGUUGGUUUUUUGCAAGAUGGUGCCUCUCCCUGCAGGGGUAAAAAAGCAAAUGCUUUAAUCACUAGACUACCGGGCACCCCUAGACACUUCCUCGGUAAAUCACGCGCCAUUUAUGCACCGUAACAGGACUCAACGGGUGCACACAUUUUUGCACCAUUUCAGUCAGAGGCGCUGGGUUCAGAUUUCGUCUCGAGACACUCAUUGUAUAUGACACCUUGCUGUUCGCAGGUCCAGCUAUCGAGGUUUUCUCCGGGUAUUCUGGUUUUCUACCCCCUCCCUCUCCCUUCAUAAUACGAAAUCACCACGAGGUGGAAGCACUUUCCCCCAAAACAACCAACAAACUAACCAGUUUCUGUCCAAAGGGUUAUGAGAACGAAGAAAAUCGGAAAGUGGGAAUGGAAGCUCCCAAGCCUAAGUUUCAUAUUAACACGACUAUCUCCCCAUACCCAUUUGUGAUGCCAUGAAGAUGAGCCAAGGGAACAAAGGAAGUGCUUUACUUCGUUCCGCUUGAGCUGGCUUGACAGCCGUCCAUGGUAUACAUUCCUCAUGUUGCCUGCCAGAGGCUGCCACAGCCGUCACGUGACUAUCUCCAAAGGCUCGUUGUUAAUGUGCAAGAAAAUUUCUGAAGGACGCGUGCUGUAAUGGGUCAGUCGAGAAAGUGCACUACGACAGGUGGGCAACACCUGCAUCUGGCACAUGGUGGCUGGCUUCUCACUUCCAUCGGACUGUGCCUUGUGCAAUCCGCCUCCAGUCAACAUGUGUUCAGCUGCCCCACCCCUUGGUAUGAGCAUGGGAGCGAGUGUUACCUCUUCGAAGGGGAUACACCCAGAAAUUAUGAAGGAGCCCGCUUGGCCUGCAGUGAGCAUGGAGGGAGUCUGGUGAGUGUUCUGGACAGGAUCACGCACGGCUUCAUCAGCAGCUGGCUGGAAAGAAACGAUCCGUUCAUGCGUGAGUGGUACACCAGCGGAAUACGUGAGAAAGGGUCAACGCGGGAGAAGAGGUGGUUUGUCUGGGAGGGGCAUGGCGGCGACCCUCUCAGUGGGGCUGAAAGCUUUUGGAAUCCUGGGACGAAUCGAAACAGCUCCAAUGGAGUCAUUGUCUACAGUCUAGGUGAGGGGGGAUACGGUUGGACGCUUGUGACCCCUGAUCGCGAGCUGCCCUACAUCUGCCAGGUCGCACGUGCUGAAGCAUACAGGAUUUUACAGGUGCACCGAGAUUACGAUUACGGGUUGAUGGUGCAGGACAUCAAUGUCCUCCCCCGCGGUCCUCACUUCACUCGCCAGCCGGUCAGCAUCGUCAUUGUGGGGGGACCAACCAUGGCGGAGCUGGAAUGUCUAGCGGUCGCCAAUCCUGUGCCUUCCUAUAGAUGGUACAGGGGAGAUAACUUCGAAGAUGAAGUUACCGCGGGGGUUGACAGCCGCUACACGCUAACCAACGGAAAGCUCAUCAUCCAGAAUCCAGUGGAAAGGCUGGAUGCCAACCAGUACCGGUGUACCGCCCAGAACCACCUUGGUGUCGUCAUGAGUAACGACGUUCGCAUCAGUUUUGGAGACCUUGGUGAAUUUUCAAACGUACCUGAUGCGGGGGUCAACUCAAAAGCUUACGAUGGAGUGGCAAUUGAAUGCAGCAGAAUCACUUUCAAGCCAGCUGUCAAGUACAACUGGUUCAAGGAAAGCGCCUACAGCUUUGUUCGGCCUGAGUACCAGACCUACCAGUUCAUUUCCCAGAACGGGAAGUUGUAUUUCUCAGAGGUGACGAGAGCUGACGAGGGUCGAUAUCAUUGCAUUGCCAUCCUGACUGGGGUCAACCGGUACACCAUCGGUACCUCUCAGCCUCCAACGCGCACGAGUUUAGGCAUCCAGCUUCACGUGCAUGAUCAAGCUCCUAAAGCAGACUGGGGUCCCUUGAUCCAAGACGACUUCAUUGCGGUCUUUCCACAGCCACCAUUGAAAGGACAUGAUGUACGCAUGGAGUGUUUCGCAUACGGCUCGUCCACCUCGCCGUUUUUGUAUCAGUGGCACCGAGAGGAGAAGCCUAUGCCGGCCAGGGCUGAGCUGUCAGACCAGAACCGAGUGUUGACCCUCAUUGACGCGCAGCUGGAGGACCAAGGCACCUACGUGUGCACGGUCUCCCGUGGGUCCAACGCCAAGGACAGCAAGUCCUUCUACCUCGUACUCGGAGCUCGUCCCUACUUCAUCUCACCCCUGAGGGACCAGCACGCGGACCUCUACUCCCAGCUGACGUGGCGCUGCGACGCGCGGGGUAGACCUCCACCCACCUACACGUGGUUCAAGGAUGGAAAAGCCUUGACCUCUGACCCUGCCCAAGGGAUCCAGAUCAACGCCAACGUUAUGCGCAUCAGCAACCUGGACCCGAAGGUGCAUGAUGGGAUGUACCAGUGCGGAGCGAGGAACGUGCACGGGAUGACACUUUCCGAGGCGCAGCUGAGAAUCCUCGCUUUCCCACCUACAUUUAAGAAGCAGCCGCUGAAGCCUCGAACCAUGUGCGCCCUCAACAGCAACAUCACCAUCACUUGCAAACCGGAAGCCGCGCCGGCGCCCACCAUCACGUGGCUAAAAAACGACAGCCCAUUGGAUGUGGACAACAACCACGUGACUCAGCUACCCAAUGGUAAUCUACUGAUCAGAAAUGUACAACACGUUGACCAAGGGCGAUACACAUGCGUGGCGACCAACCAGUUCGACGAAGCCCGCAGUUCUACGACUGUUACUAUUGCCGCUGGGACAUCAAUAGUCGUGGCGCCCAGCCCCACACAAGUGAUGGUCAACCAUACGGCCUUCAUGGCCUGCAGCGCCUCCCAUGCUCCUCAUGUCGACCUUGUGUACACCUGGUACGUCAACGGGCAUCGGGUGGACACGGAGAAAAAAGUCGAAUAUCGCCAGACCGACACGGGGCUGUACGUCGUUGCGGUGCAGCUGCAGCAUGCAGGCUUCUAUGAAUGCGUGGCUCGCACGACUAUGGACGAGGACAGGCGAGGGGCGUGGCUGUCUGUUAUAGGUCCACCAAGCGAGCCGUCAGGGUGUUUUGUUGACGGCAUGUCCGUGAAGAAGGACAGCGUUGACGUGCUAUGGACCCCAAGUACGGACAACGGGCGGCCAAUCAGCCUGUACGUGGUGCAGCUGGCCAACAGCUUCGACGAGAACGUGUGGCAAACGGUAUUUUCAGACAGUCCAAGCCGCAUCAGCAUCGAACCUGACACCCAGAAGCUUCGGGUCAAGGUUCACAAUCUGUAUCCAGGCAACGGCUACCGCUUCAGAAUUCUUGCCGUCAACGAGCUUGGCUACAGCGUCCCAAGUCUUCCUUCCACGUGGGUGUACCUGCCCAGUGCUCCUCCUAGCAUUCCUCCGCGUGACAUCAGAGGGGGAGGAGGAGGCGUAGGUGACCUGCUCAUCUCGUGGAUGCCUCUCGAACCGUGGGAAGAGAACGGCCAUGGCAUUGGUUACAAAAUUUACUGGCGCAGGUAUGGGGACCCGAACUCUCUGUGGCGCAAGGCUGAGGUGGAGGGGUUCAACGACCACUACGUAGCUUUUGUUGGCGGAGAAAACUACUUCCUGGAGUACGAGGUCAAAGUUCAGGCUUUCAACCGCAUGGGCUCGGGACCCAAUUCUAGCGUUGUUGUCGUCUUUUCGGCAGAGGACUUACCCGCUCUUUCACCCACCGAGGUUCGCGGCGAGGGUUACAACGGAUCCGCCAACCUGGUCACGUGGGUUCCGAUACCUGCCACCCGAGAGGCUGCUCGUGGAGUCAUUCUUGGGUAUCAGAUCAACUACUGGCUUGAAGGAACUUCUGCUACCGACUACCGAGACUUCAUCAGGUAUGAAGGUCACGUGACUGAAGGGAUCUACAUGGGGCUAGCGUCGGACACCUUCUACUUCUGUGAGGUUAGGGCCUUCAACUCUGCCGGCCUAGGACCACCCAGUGACACGUACAUGAUUGAGUCAACACUAGCACCCGCGUCGGAGUACCCAGAGGAAGUGCGUGUGUACUCAGCAGAGCAUGACCAGGUGUUGGUAUGGUGGCGCGGAAUCCAUAUUACUCAGCCUGAAGCUAAUAUUCAUGGGUUUGUUAUCUACUUCUGGCCGGCCAACGAGCAUUACCGCUCGAGAUGUGAGGCUGUCAUCCAUGACCACCAUGCCCACGAAGCCCAUCUGACUGUCGACAAAGGGAUCAUCUAUGCUUUGAGGGUCAGCGCUUUUAGUAAAGGAGGUUACGGACGAAAGUCCCCCACUAUGUACUUCUCCACUGAAGGGGAAGUGACGAUUGAUCGAGCGUUUGCCAAAGAGAUCGAUGUGUUUCUCUCUCUUGCCUUCCUGCCGGCACCGUCACGUCUUCUCCUGUGGGCGUGUCUACUAGCUGUCACUGGAUUGGUCACCAGCAGGUCAUGACCUCUACUCCUGGGAAUUCUGCGUAAGAAUUGUGACACAUAUGCCUGCAAAAACGAGCCCAGGACUACCCACUUUAUUUAUUUCAUUUAUGUAUUAAUUUUUUCUGGAAUAUUCUGAGCUAGGAGUUUACAUUUUCAGGAGUCCCGCAGUCAGU